GAAACGAAGUCCACAUAUUUCGCGGUUUGCUGUUUUAUCUCUUUCCCAUACGAAAAGUCGAACUGAAAGAAAUGGCUUCGCUCGGUUUCAACCUCGGAUUCUCCUUCUCCGGUGUGAAGAAUAGACAAGUUUCCGUGAAUGGAAGAGCUCGCGUUAUCUCCUGUUGUUCCUCUUCUUCUUCAGAAGCAUCUCAGCAGGGGAUUUCUACCACGAAGCCUCCUCCUGAGAUAGAGCUCGAGUUCUUCGGUCCGAAGCCUGGGAGCGACGGGACGUAUCCGAGGGAUAAAGCGAAAGCUGUGAGCGGAGAGAAGCUUCUGAGAAGCAUCAUGCAGGAUAGCAAGAUCGAGCUUUACGCUACUUACGGGAAAGUGAUGAACUGUGGAGGUGGAGGAAGCUGUGGAACUUGCAUUGUUGAGAUUCUUGAUGGCAGAGAACUUCUGAACCAGAGAACAGAUACAGAAAACAAGUAUCUGAAAAAGGUUAGAUAUGGAAUCUUGGAGGCUCGCGUGCCAAACAAUAGUAGGGAACAAAGAAAACUCAGGAAAGGUUGUGGUUCAGCGGAUUCCGCAAUGGAAGAAGUGAAUUCCCUUGUAAGUGUAAUGUUUCUCAAUUCGUUUAUGUAUGUCCCCAUACUAGUUUUCUGUUUGUAUAUCUCCAAAAACUGUUCCUUGUAGAUGGCAAUAGUCAUAUACAUAUGAUAAAGUCUCGGUGGGUUUUACGCGUUUGGAAAUUAAAUAUAACAAAUGGUUACUUAG